GGUCCUUGGUACGAAUCAACCCACAUUCCUACGCUGACUGUCACUCGAGUUGCAUGCAUUCCCUCAGGUACCGCCACGACAAGAGGAGUGGACCCUACAACAACCUCAAGCCUGCUUUGGGGCGAGCAUAACAACGUAGAGUUGGUCGUUGCUCAUACAGGUGAACCCAACGGGUUGCCCGGAGCUCCUUCUCGUAGCGAACUCACGUCACGUUCGGAGAAUGGUGCCCUCCUCAACCUAGCAACGGUCUUCAGCAAUGACAUUCCGCCUGAUACAAGCCAGCUUCCUGGUCGAGCACAACAGUUAUUGACCUCCGUUUGGUCAGCUAUAUUCGCUCUCAACGUUGCCGACUCUGGUCUGAAUGCCACAUGGGCCUGCGCCGAAGUCCAAACUAUUGAAGUCAAGUAUCAAUUGAAAGAAUCCUGGCUUGACCCAGACCAAGUCAAGGCUAUUCUCUGCUGGAUCGCUGACCAUGGCUACUACUUCAAUACCACUCGGGCUGAGCUUUAUUCCACUCUCCAAGCUGCAGUAUAUGCUCUUCAGGUUGCUGGAGACUUCACGUCCAAUCGCACAGCUAUCUGUGAGGACCUCGAUCUCUUCUACCGAGUUGGUGGCUACCUGGGUAUCAAUACGCACGGUUUUGAAGAAUAUGCUUGCCGCAACAUCCCCUCUGAAACUCCUUCACCAUCUGAAUACUAUGGCCCGACUCCAGUCAUUCCUCUCAUUCCAUACCCAGUCAACAGCACUACAUCCUGGGGUCAUCCAACCCCAUGGAAUCCUAACACCACCAUCUGGCCGACAGGCACACUGAGUCCGACACAUCCCACAUACACCAAUCGCACAUCUGGAGCUACUGGCGGUACUGGCCACACGACACCACCUCGAGCAACCGGCACUGGUCAUUCGGGACCCAGCAAUGUUACCUUUCCUACACCGAAUGGGACAGGAUGGAGUACGAGCACA